GAAUGGACAUUAAUCCCACCUUUACUUUGUUUGUACAUAAUUUGUUUGUUUUUCACUAAGAAGACAAAAUGUUGAUAAAUGUGUGUAGGGUUUGCGGUAAAAGUACUCUGUGCCCCAAAGCCCUGGACCUCUUCAAGGUGGAUAAUCAGAAAAUACUGCGGCGCUUCUAUGUGAUCACCGGCAUUCGAUUGCAGCCAAUUCCUGGUGCUCCGGACAUGGUGUGCUUCUGCUGUCAGACGGACCUCGAUUCGGCCAUACUUUUUCGAAAGCAUUGCAUCCUGGAGCAGAAAAAAUGGGUGCCAUUAAAAAAGGAGACGGAGGCGGAGGAGGAGAACCUUAAAGCGGAGGUGGAGAACCUGAAGGCGGAAGAGGCCCUAAAGGCAGAUCAAGAGGAAAAGGAGGAAGAUACAGCAACUACUCCGAAGAGGCCCGGCCGACGUCGAGGUCCUGUGGAACCAUUGCACACAGUGGACAUUGUCGUACAACUUCCGGAAAGUUCAGUCGUCGAGGAAUCCACAGGUGGCGCUAACGACGUUGAAACCGAGCAGCUUGCGGAGAUUCCACAGAAUGAGGAAGGCGAAAGGGAUCCAGAGUACUCUAUUCCUUCCAAGCUUCAAGUCCAUAAGUGCGCCACCUGCGGCAUUGUGAAGAAGAACAAGGCAUCUAUAGUGCGCCACGAAUAUACGCACAAAGGCGAGAAACCAUUUCCGUGCAAGGAAUGUCCGAAGCGUUUUCUGUCCGGAAACGAGCUGCGUGCCCACAAUCUCAGCCACCACACCCAGGAGCCGCCGUUUCCCUGCCGCUACUGCGACCGUCGCUACUUCUCCGUGGUUGGCCGGAAGAAGCACGAACGGAUCCACACCAACGAACGGCCAUUUGUAUGCGAUCAAUGCGGUAAGGCCUUCACCCGGCCCUGCGUCCUGAGGGCCCACAUGCAGACGCACACGGGCCAUAGGAUGUUUCGCUGCGAUAUAUGCGAUCGAUCCUUCACCCUGAAGAAACACCUGGUCACUCACUACAUAUCGAACACUCACAAACGGAAUGCCGAAAUGGCAGAGGCGGAACCGCCAGAAGAGGAUACCUUUGAGGCUGACCUCAUGAACAGUGAUAACUUUCCUGAUAACUUUAAUUUUUCUACCCAAGAAGAUUUGGAACAAGCUCAAAUUGAUCUCUUAUGUGUAGACGCUAAUAUCAGCUCAGUGUCUCUUUAGAUGUCAGCUUGGAGGCGGAAGAGAGUCAUUUCGGUAAGUGUGCCAUCACAAAAUGGAUUAGGCUGCAGCAGAAACCAAAGUCAACAUUGAAUCUGAUUAAAAUUGUAACCAAUAUUUGAUCAAAGACAUCACUCAAAUGAGAAUCUUAUACAGCGCACCUUUGAAAUCAUUAUCUAAAAUGCUGAAACCAAAUAACUCAGGCCUUUUAGGGUUUUGAACAAAACAUAAACAGUAUUCCAUAAUUAAUUGAUUAUUAAUGUGAACAAAACUUGCCAUAUUUGCAACAAUUGUCUUGCAGUUGUUAGGUUAAAAAAACAGAAAACCAAUUUCUUACAAUAUAUUUCCAGUGAAACUAAAAAAAUUCAGGCGUAAAAUCUAAUAACGAAGCCAUAAAUAUAUUUUUAUCUAACCAAAGAUUUAAAAAACAAAUCGACCUAUCAAAGUACCGCCGUGCCUAUUAACAUUUAUUUUAAUUAGUUUUAAAAAGAGUUCGUAUAAUUUAAUCUGUUCUCGAAAUUUUUGCAAUAUGAACAUUAAGUGCCAUCAAAAAUUUAACAAACUGACGAAUCUGUGAUUCGUUUCUUUAUCGUUUUCGUUGUUUUAGUAAAUCAACUCAAAUAUUAAAGAAAUACAAAUAAUAUGUUUACUGACCUUGUGUUGUAAGAUUUUAAUCUUGUAAUUUGUCCUGAUCGUUGAAAUCUCACCCCAAUAUUUGUUAUUUUAUUUUGGAUAAAUCUCAAUGUACGCUUUGCAAUUAUAACUCUAAGAAUUUAUGUAUAUUCCCUAAGUUGUGCCUUUUAUAAACAGAUAAUUUCUGGAUAAACCUAUUGCCUUGAUUUUCAAAUAAAUAUCCAC